CUUCAGUUAGAAAGUAUCAGUUAACUUUGAAAAAUGGCAAAUCACCAAUUUUUUUUAUUAUUAUUCAUCGGAAUAGUAAUUUUCGAACUUACAAACUCUCUGCCAGACAAAAAACCUGGCACCACGACUUCAACUCUAAGAAAUCGCAAAACCACAGCCGGCAGCAGCACUAGUCGCACUACUACAAGUACCGGAAAUCGCAAACCUUUCACUACCACCGGAAAUGCAGCAACUCGCAAAUCCACAACCACAGCUGCUAGUAGCACUGUAAAUCGUAAACUCAAAAUUGAUGCUCCAACUCCAGAUAAAAAAGUUACUAGCACAGUCAAAAAGACUGGUGGUGUACGCACCACAACGCGUGACGCCAUUUCACAGUAUCCAGCGCCUGAUUGGUAUAAUGACAAUGACGAUUCGGGUUCAUCAUUUUGUGGUUGUUGUAGAAAAAAGAAUAAAAAUUCGAAUGUUUAUCCAUAUGCAUAUCCGAGUCCCUUUGGUCAAACGGGUAGCUUUCCUCCACCAUAUGCACCUAUUUCAAGAAAUGCUCCACCAACCGUUACUCAGUCAGGAACUGACAAACUAGCAGGUAUGGUAGGUUUUGCAAAAGCGGCUAACGUUACUGGCGGCUGGGGAGGUGAAGUGGUGCAGGUUAAUACGAUACAAGACCUUAUAAAUUACGUCGGCGAAAGCGUUCCUCGGGUGUUGAUGAUCCAGCGCGACAUCAGAGCCUCAUCCCUUACCAAAGUUCAAAUGGGUUCGGCCAAAUCAAUUGUCAGUAAUAAUGGAGCCACAUUGUAUAAUAUUUACUUGCGUGCCACAACAGCGUCAUCAAAUAUCGUUUUCCAAAACUUGGCGUUUGAGCAUUCGCCAAACAACAAGGGCAACGAUGAUAUUCAGUUAUAUCUGAACUAUGGCACCGGAUAUUGGAUCGAUCAUUGCUCCUUCGUUGGACAUAAAUGGUCCCCCGAUGAUGGAAGUCUCGAUAAACUUCUUUAUAUCGGAGAACAAGCCAGUCUAGCGACCAUAAGCAAUUGUUUCUUUGCCAACCACAGGUUUGGAUUAAUCUUUGGACAUCCGGGAGAUGAUACUAAUGUAGUGGCAGAUGGUGAUGUUCGUCUCACCAUGUGCAAUAACCAUUUUGAAAGCUUGGGCAAUAGAGCACCGGGCCUGUUUCGCUAUGGGCACUACCAUGUAUACAACAACUACAUUGAAAACUAUGGUCUGGGCUUCACGGUGGCAACGAAUGGUGACGUUGUUUCUGAAUAUAAUUAUUUUGGAAGUAGCACCACCAAGAAUGGCAUGUUAGAUGAUAAAGGCAGUGGAACAUUUUAUGAUAUCGGAAGCGUGCCAGCCAUUACGAAUCAACUAUCUCCAAGUGUCAAUUGGAAUCCCGCGUCCAUUUACAGUUAUCAACCUGUAACUGAUGCAAAUCCUGAAAUGAUCAAAUAUCAAAAGAAAACUACCAUAUCGGCUGGAAUUCCAUCGCCCAUGAAAAUGACUCUAAUGGCACCACCCAUACAACAUAUGAUAUCGCCUCCAAGUUUUCCAAGUUUACACUGAAAAAUCGCACACAACCUAUGGCAUUUCUAUUUGACAUUCACCGUUAAUGUUAUUUACCUUAAAAGUAUUACACUGUACGCAUUAUGUUCUCAAAUAAAGAGCCUUACAACAAGUAAGAUGCAUUUUUACGAACAAAUUUAAAAACAACAA